AUGGAAGAUUAUGAAAGGGCACUUUCAUUUCAUCAAAAAACAUUAAAUAUUCAAGAAAAUGUUGAAUGUAACCCUCUGGAAUGCGCAAUGACACAUAUGAAUUUAGGUGAAACUUAUCGAAAGAUGAAAAAUUAUUCAACAGUAUUAAUAUACUUUCAAAAAGCAUUACAAAUUCGUGAAAAUAAACUACCAAAAACUCAUCCUGAUUUAGCUGCAAACUAUCAUAAUUUGACUAAAUUAUAUAUAUGGACUACUCGACAAUAUAGUAUGACAAUGAAAUAUGUUCAACAAGUGGUAGAAAUUCUUCAAGAGAAAUUGCCUUCAAAUCAUUCUUAUCUUUUGAACUAUAGAGACACAUUUGAAAAAAUUCGAAAGAAUACCUCGGCUAAUUAUCGACUACAUGUGCGACUGGGUAGAUCUCCGUGGACUUAA